AUAUCUAGGAUGAUUAUAUCUAAAAUGAGGAUGUUUAGAUAGAUUAGUGGCAAGAUGAGGAGUUUGUUCCUUGUAGGAUUUUACAGCUGUGUAAAACUUCUAAUUCUCAUGGUGGAUGUGGCUACCAUAUGCUAGUUGUUGUCAUUUAUGCUGCUUUUGAUUCUUGAUUUACUUUGUAGUUAUUCUGCUUUUGAAGAAGUUCUCCCACAUGCUCCAACAUUGAUGACUGAUGUGUUCGACAAUUAUGUUAUUCAAAAGUUUUUUGAGCAUGGAAGCCCUGAGCAGAGAAAAGAACUAGCAAAUCAACUUGUUGGCCGCAUUCAACCUUUGAGCCUUCAGAUUUAUGGGUGCUGUGUAAUUCAAAAGGGCCCUACACAAUUCAAUCUGGCUAAUCCACGCUUACACAUGUUGCCCUUUUUAAUGGACGGCUUGUCGGUUGAUGACAAUUCGCAAGGAGUAGAAUGGCUAUAUGUAGCUCUUUCUGCUCAUAUGUGGUCAGGGAUGAUUUGCAAGGAGUAGAGAUAAACUUUUCUUUGUUUCUAUAAACUUUUCUUUG